UGGAUGCUGGGCAGCUGGCACAGGUCAGUCUCACCCGGAGCUCAGCCUCUCACUUGGCCGGGUAAGAGGCGGCGGCCGGCUGACAGCAGCAUCCUGCACCAACUACUCCCUUGUUUGCCCAUCACUUCCAGCAGGGGAGGGGACCGGUCCCGGCUUGUAACACCGGCGGCGCCGUGCGGGCUUCACUCAUGCAAACCACCUUCUGCCCCAGCCCGGCGAGGGAGAGCGCCGCACCCCGCAUGAAUGACGAAUAUACUUCAUCUGAAGCAUAAAAGUACUCGAUUCUGGAAAAACACGUGAAAGCACCUUUAGCAUUAAAAUCAGGAAGAAGUAUGAAAGAACAGUCUGUCUGAUACUGAAUUUCUGGGCCACAACAUCUUGCAGAGAACAAAAAAUGGCUCUCUCUAAAAACAUUGCUGCUACUAUCCUUGAAGAAUGGUGUUUGGAGGAACCACUGUUUAGGUGUAGGAGACAUCAGAAUGUCAGGAAAAAACUAAGACUGAUACGAAUAAUAGGUCUUUUCAUGAGCAUAAUGGCCAUUAGCACUUUCUCUCUUUCAAUUAGUGCCUUUUUCAAGAUGGAGCCACAUAGCACAGAGAUGACCAGUAGUCUAGGUAGCCAAAAGUCAAUGCAUGGGCAUCAAAGAACUCUGUUGGACGUCAAGGAACAGAAUCAAAAUGGCACUCCAGAUUCACCUAUUUCUAUGAAAUAUGAAACUGAACACAAUAAUGCAACAGAAGAACACUCCAAGGGAGAGUACCCAAAAGACCUUUUUUCUCUUGCGGAAAGAAGAAGGGGGGCAGUAAUCCUCCAUAUCAUGGGAAUGAUUUAUAUGUUCAUAGCCUUAGCCAUAGUCUGUGAUGAGUUCUUUGUUCCUUCAUUGACUGUCAUCACUGAGAAGCUAGCCAUAUCUGAUGACGUGGCUGGGGCAACAUUCAUGGCUGCUGGUGGUUCAGCUCCAGAACUCUUCACAUCUUUGAUAGGAGUCUUUAUAUCUCACAGUAAUGUUGGUAUUGGAACAAUAGUAGGAUCUGCAGUAUUCAAUAUCCUGUUUGUUAUUGGAAUGUGUGCUUUAUUUUCUAGAGAGAUCUUGAACCUUACCUGGUGGCCGCUCUUUAGGGAUGUGUCCUUUUAUAUCAUGGACUUGAUCUUGCUAAUAAUCUUUUUUUUGGAUAAUUUAAUCAUGUGGUGGGAGAGCUUAACACUACUGAUAGCUUAUUUUUGUUAUGUGACUUUCAUGAAAUUCAACGUUCAAGUAGAAGAAUGUGUGAAAAAAAUUUUAAACAGGAACAAAGUUGAGAAGGUAACAACGGCAGAUUCUGAACAAAAGCCACCUAAUGCUGGGGACAAGGAUGACCAAACACUGACGACCAAGCCACGUCUCCAGCGAGGCGGGAGCUCUGCAUCUCUCCACAACAGUCUAAUGAGAAACAGCAUCUUUCAGCUUAUGAUUCACACACUCGACCCACUUGCCGAAGAGCUUGGAUCAUAUGGAAAACUAAAAUAUUAUGACACAAUGACUGAAGAAGGAAAGUUCAAAGAGAAGGCCUCAAUUCUUCAUAAAAUUGCCAAAAAGAAGUGCCAGGUGGAAGACAGUGAAAGACGGAAUGGGGCUGCUAAUCAUGCUGAAAAAAUUGAACUCCCAAAUACUACAAAAGUGGAAGUUGAAGUAACACCACCAAAUGAUGGUUCAGGACCAGUGCAAAAUGGAAACAUUGCCCAUGGAAUUGAAGAGAAUUCAGAAGACGAUGAUGAAGAGCAGCCUCUCAGCCUGGCCUGGCCUGACACCCUACGCAAACAGCUCAUGUAUCUUGCUGUUUUCCCCAUUGUUUUUCCAUUGUGGAUUACCCUGCCAGAUGUCCGAAAGCCUUCCUCCAGGAAAUUUUUUCCUGUCACAUUCUUUGGAGCAAUCACUUGGAUAGCAGUUUUUUCUUAUUUAAUGGUCUGGUGGGCACACCAGGUUGGCGAGACCAUUGGCAUUAGUGAAGAAAUCAUGGGAUUGACUAUGUUAGCUGCAGGUACCUCUAUUCCUGAUCUAAUUACCAGUGUUAUUGUGGCACGAAAAGGCCUAGGUGAUAUGGCAGUAUCCAGCUCUGUUGGAAGCAACAUCUUUGACAUCACAGUUGGUCUUCCCCUUCCGUGGCUCCUGUACGCUGCAAUUAACGGCUUCACCCCGGUGAUUGUCAGCAGCAAUGGAUUGUUCUGUGCUAUCGUCCUCCUCUUCAUCAUGCUACUCUUUGUCAUCCUCUCCAUUGCGCUCUGCAAGUGGAGGAUGAAUAAAUUCUUGGGCUUCACCAUGUUUGGUCUCUAUUUCAUAUUCCUAGUCAUCAGUGUCCUUCUGGAGGACAAAGUGAUCUUGUGUCCCGUCUCCAUCUAGUAGGAAGUGCCGUUUCUCGAACAAAACAAAUAUCUGCAAUGGACAGCAUCCCCUGAGAAUAAACAGUGGAUCCACAACCCUUACAAAAAUAAAUACAUAAAGAAGAUAAAAAGGGCUGGAUUUGAAGUGGAAAAAUUAUUCAGCUGAUGCAUUUGCUGCUGAACAAACAGUUACACGUAAGAGGUGAGAUCAGCUACCUUUAGGCUUCUUUGCAUGUCACUUGGAAGAUCUCACUGUUCACUGACAGAGGUCCUGUAUGUGUGUUAUAACAAUGCAAGUCCUUAUACAUACUACACAUAUGCUAUGUUUCCCCGUAUCUCUUUCUCUAUAUUAAUAUAUGCCUACAUGCGGAAACAAAGAAUAAUAGAUACAUACAGGUAUAACCUUGCAAGGAGAACGCUAGUAUCCAUUUCGGGGAAGCACAAACCUCUAGUUGGGGAUUUAUGUAGUUACCUGUUGAAUGUAUCAGUGGAAGAUGUUAGCCAACAGCAUCUGCAUGAGUAACAGACAGAAAAGGACUCAGACGUCGCCUCAUUCAGAUGGACUCAUAUGCUGUGAGCUUGCACACAUUUUGGACAUCCACAUUGUGGACCUUUAGAAGCCCUUGGCGAAGUGAACAUGAUGUUUCAAUAAAAUCCUGCUAAACUCUGCAGCGUCCAAACACUCUGGCUCUAACACUGAUGGUGAACUGUAGGCUGACUCAUGAUAGUCAAAGGUGAAACCCAAACUGGGGAUUUGUGGCCUCUUCUAGCAUCAUCCCAGCAUGCAAAUAGAAAACACGACUACUAAGUGAAUUCACUACUUUUCUAUAGUGCAGCAAUACUAUAAAUAGUACCAAUGUCUUUCUGAUGCUAUUACCACUAUAGGCUUGCCUUUUCAUAUAAGAAAGAAGGCUGGAUUUGUUUGUGUGUAGUAUUUCAUAUAAAAUUUAGAUGCAGCUGCAUGAUGGGAAGCUGCCUACUUGCUGAAGUGAAUAUCCUUUUAUAGACUAUUUUCCACCAUUAUUUGCCGUGAAUAAGUCCUUCACUGUUGCAUACUUUCUUAUCAGCUUUGGGGCAGAUCCUCAGCUGAUGUAAAUUGUCACAGCUCCAUAAUGAAGUUAUGACAAUUUAUUCCAGCUGAGGGCCUGCCCCUGUAAAUCUGAGAACUUAGCAAGGGGGAUCUAACAAUUGUAAUAUGGAGGGGUUGCAGGUUGAAACACAGGCAGGAAUCUUCUAGAGUUGCUGAAGUGUUAGCAUGUGUUAAUUAUGGAGGUCUAAGGGGCCCCAUGAAAGAAGAGAGCCCAUUCCUGCUCAGAUUGAAGUCAUGAGAGGAGAAGCAGGUCCAAAAUUAGAACAAAAAAGGACCAGGAAAGAGAGAGAAAUCACUGUUCCUACAGAAAAAGAUUUUACAUUUCCUAUAGUUGGAUAUAAAAUGGGACACUUGAAACCUGAGUAAAAAUUAUUUGAGGUAAUGCCUGUUUGUUUUUUCAAGGUCUGUGUUUGGUUAGAGUUCAUGCAAUUUCAUUGUAUAUCUGUUUUCCAGAAGUGAUCCAUUUCAGAGUUGUUUCUGGUUUAAAUCCCACCUGCAGUGGAAAUAUUAUGCCAGGACUAUGAACAGAGGGUUCAGCACAUUUUGGUUUGUGGAUUGUUCUGAUGUUAUGGCUGUGCUUUUCUUUCUAUAUCCCAUGCUUUCAGCACCUUUGCCCCUCAUUGUAUUCCUUGUAUGUAUGUUUAUAUCUCUACAUAACUAUAUCUGCUUAGAGCAUAAAAAUGAAGUAAACAGUAGAUCAAACAGUAAGAAAUAUAUAUUUAUAACAAAAAGAAAAAAGUAUAUAUUAUUAAAGUUAAGAUAUUAAUGAACAAAGGCAAGAAAAUUAGGAGUUACAGUUACUACAGAGUCUGCUACUCACUUCUUGUGCCUAGGAUUUAAAAUACCUAGGUACAGAAUUGCAUACAAAGCCAGAUUCUGCUCUUAAUUACACACCUGCAGUUCCCUUUGCAUUUUUAGUGGCACUUGUACCUGUGUAACUGUGAGCAGAUGUUUGCCCGGUGUGUUUCAUAUCCCCUAUUGCUCUGAAAUCCCCUUAUCUGGGCUGCAAUCCUACCUACAGUGGUGCCACUGCCACCACUCACUAUUUUUUUACAUGGAUACAGUCCUGUAGAAAAGCAGGUGUACAUACUUAUAGUGACCUCAGCAGAAAGCAAUAGAAGUCCUGUGAGGAAAAAAUGCAGGGCCCAAAUUGUGAACUCAGUUAUACCAAUAAAAUCCCAUUGAUCUCAGAGGGUUUUCACAGCUAUAAGUGAGGGUAGAAUUGGCCCUAACUCUUGUGUGUAUCCCGAGGGAACCACCAAAUCCUGUGUGAUAUCUUAGAUGACAAUACUCACAGUAGCUUUAUCAAACAAAAACAAAGUUUUCAAGUGGCCCCCUAGAGCUUCUUCCCUUAGAUGAGAGGAAUAAAAAGAGCUGGUGACCACAAAGAAUAUGUGCAGGACUUUGUGAGUGUGUUGAACCUUUAAGUGAGGUGUAUGUGUAAUCAUACACAAUAUACUGAGAUGCACAAACUCACAAGAGGACACGCAUUUUGCUGAAGUUACAAUAAAUAUCUGAACAGUACCAGAAACAUAUAGCAAGGUGCACUGUGAUGAAAAGUCUCUUCUGCAGUGCUAUGAAACAACUCACGAGACUGUACUUUAAAGCAGACACAUUAUGUUUCAAAUGAGAUUUAAAAUCUUCUUACACUGGAAUAGGUGAGUCACUCCUUCAAGUGAUAUUCUUUCUCUGUUAGAAAAUGACAUUGACCUUGAAUUGCUGGCCCAGGUGGACAUACCCGAGGUUCAAUGUCUGACAUUUCUGGAAAAGCCUAACAGUUUCCUGCAGCUGUUUUUCCCCUUUACCCAGGAGGUCUUGGUGCAGGCACAACACUGAAAGGAGAAAUUCAGGGAGGUAGAAAGAAGGGAGAUGAGAAAUCUGACAAAAAAUAAUAUAUUUUUAAUUCAAAAGAAAGUUAGAAUUGACCAGUAUAAUUAAACAAACUAGUUAAAUAUAUUUAUUCAGGCUGAUCUUCCAAGCAUUGCUUAUUUCACAUAUAUGCAGAUUAGGGUAUAUGUCAAAUGUUUGCACAGCCACAUGAGACAUAAAUAGGAUCAGGCAGUCAAAACUAACAGAAAAACUAGCAAGCAAGCAGUGGCUUCAGAGGUAAAUGUAAUGUAAUGAUGGAUUGCUAUUUAGUAGGAGAUUAUCUUUCAGGCAUGGCACAGAAAUCAUUUUAUAAAGACAGGAAGUAUUUAAUGUUCAGGUAGUUCUAUACCAAGUGACCAACAGAGCAGGCUUACAAAGGCAUUUGCUGUUUAGUUUAAAAAAAAAAAGUUCAAACACACCAGUUUGACAUUUAAAACAAUAAAACACACAAACCAAAUUUUGAUCUCUGUUCAGUGCACUAAAGCUCUGAGUGUAGUUACUCCACAUUUAGACUAGUGCACCUACCAUAAGAAUCUGUUCCACACUCAGAAGGGGAAAAGCCACCAUUCCUAUUUACAUCUGUAACAGGAGUUGCAAUAGGAGAGCUGUGACGUGCUCUGGAGAGUGAAGUCAUUAGCAGCUGAAUAUGAUACAACAUUGUGGCAUGGUAGAGAAAGAACAAUAAUUUUUUCAAGAUGGUAUUCAGUGAAAAUGUUUCAGUCCAGUGGUCACAUAGACAAUUCUAAGGACAAUUUUUGAGUAGGCCUAGUGACUGGUAUACUGUAACUGUGUUUGUAUGCUGUGUUUAAAAUAUCUGACUCAUUCUUUCCCUUUCAAGGAAGUUGGUGGCAUUAGAUUGCCUCCAACACAUUCAUCUUGGAAGGUAUUAAAAGUGAUUCCCUGCCCCGCCCCAAGAAUAACAAAACUUGCAGCUUCUGCUGCCUUGUAUCUAUCAGGCAAAUCCUUAUUCAAAUGAUAAUGCAAAUUUGCAUAGCUCCACUAACUUCAGUGGAACUAUGCCAGUUUCUACCAUUUGAGGAUCUGGCCCCAUAUUUGCAAAAUUCUGUUUAGGUCCUACAAGUGUUUGCUAGUUACAGGAAAACACCAAUUGUGGAGACCACUGUGCUGGGAACUCUGGGGUAGGUAAUUUGGAUGCAUGGAACUGUGGUGCUUGGAGAUACUGUAGUGUCGACUUGCAAAAAUCUUUGCAGGAACAAACAUUCACUGUAGCAUUUUACUGUGAGCCAGUUUAGUUUCCAAAUGCAGAUAGUCCUUCUGUGUCUAUGUGCCUGUCUGUAUUCUGCUUGUUUGUUCAAUUGAUCUCACUGUCUACAUAUUCCUAGAGCAUAAAAUUAAAAUACACUGGUGACACAAGUUAUUCAGAUGCUUAUCAAGAGAUCAUAUGUAAUAUCUGUUAUGGUAUUGCACCAACCAUGUAGUGUCCAUAACAUACUCUGAAGAAUUUUGUGGUCACUAUACUUAUAUUAUUGUUAUCACUAUAUGUGAAGAUCUACCAGAAAUAAGUUACAUAUAUGAUUACCCUGAAUUCUAUAAAGAUCUGAAGUACCUAGAAAUCUUUUUAAAUGAGAUAUUUUUAUGCAGCUAUCAUUUUGUCCACUGUAUCUUUCAAAAAAUAUGGCUGCUGAACAAUGAUUCUGCAAAAUGGCAUCAUGUCAUUCCAUAUUUAUUGUGGCUCAUUGAUUCUAUAUCAUGUUUAUUUUCUAACUGUCAGUCCUAAAACUCAGCCUGGGAUCUGAGAUUCAAGCUUAAAGUUCUUUCUUUCUCAUACAUCAUCACCUGUAAUGAAGUUUCUGCAGGCCAAAUUAGCCUUUCAGUGACAUUUAGGCAACCACAUUGCCUUCAGUAAUGUUACAUUACACAUAUUGGAUUGGAAUGUAGUAAACACUUGUUGAUGCACAGAAAGGAAUAGAAUCCAACUCACUCAUUAAUAACUGUAUUGGUUGUGCAAGGCUAAUGGGAGUAGAAAAAAAAAUGUAAGUACCUUGGAGCUCUGACUUCAUGGAGGUCCAUGAAUAUGCUGUUUGAUAUUAGAAAUAAACAGGCUGGGACAAAUUUUGUUCCAUGACACCCAUACUGAAAUCACUGGGCACGCAAAGGUGUAAAUGAGAGCAGAAUUGGACCUAAUCGAUGUAACAAAAAAGAUAAAAUAUUUAUUUGACUAUCGUUAUUUUGGGUGAUAUUUAUUUUAUGAAAUGCUGUUUAUUCAUAUAAACAUUGCGGAAAAAAAUUAACAAGGAAUUGGGAAAGACUGAGAUCAUCUUGUUGAGUAAACAAAUUAUGCAUGCUCCCUGAAAGAAGAGUUAGACCCCACUGGUUUUAGAUACUGAGUCUUGCUAUGCUGACCAGUUCAAUAUUGUAUGUUUUUGGCCUAAUAUUAUCUUGCUCUUAACUAGUCAGAUCACUGAAGCUAAUGGAUUUGCAUGAGGGUAUGAAUCAGGAUACACCAUGACCAGGGUGAAAUCCAGGCCUCACAGACAUAAAUGACAAAAUUUCUGUUGAUUUUAGUGGGGCCUGGAUUUCACCCCUGGAAUCUUUGUGGUUUUGACACACAGGCAAAACAGGUGUAAUUGUAAUGGGAGUUGUGUGCAUUUAUUGAAGAGAAAAAUAGACAACAUAAAAUAUAUACAUUGGAAAUGUUUCAGGGACAAUUUAGAGCAUACAGUCAACACUAAUUACAAAUAGAUGUAAUAGUUUAAACACUUGUAUUUUGGGAAGUUAUUUUCCUUCCCUUGUAAAUAAGAUGAAGCAGUUAAUAAAAUUGAUAGUGUGUGUGUUUUUCUUGGACCAAUUGAUUCUGUUUAAUAUUUUCCUGUUUCCUGGGAAGCUUAAUAUGAGUGAGAUGGGUAGCUUGAGGAAUCGCAAAUAUAUAAAAUAAUUUGAAUAACUUUGGCCUAGAAGUUUUUGAUCCUAAUUUGAGCGCUUAAGGUUGAUUCAAGUUGUGCAUAGGUUUUGCACUGACCUUCUGCACAGGAGUUAAUGUCACUCAUCAAAAUGAUCCUUCUUAAUUUGUUACCAUAAGUACAGAAAUGUCAGUGUAUCGGUCUUAAUUAUUUCUUGUAUGAAUGAAAGCAAGAAGCAGCCACCAAAACCUUCCAGACCAAAGUUAUGCAAAGCAUUGUACCCAUAUGACAUAAACGUAAGACAUAGUCCCAUACUCCUAUGUAGACAAAGCUCGUACUAGGCCUUUGUGUGUUUUUACUCAUGAAUUCAUGAAGACUGAAUAGCCCUAAACAAGAUGGCCUACAGAAUAAGAAGUUUAUAUAUGUGUGUAUAUAUAUAUAUAUAAACCUCAUGUACAGUACGUUCACCCACUCCUAACACAUAUAUAUGCGCGCACACACACACACUAUGUAUAUGAGUUAGGAGUGGGUAACUCUACUGUACAUAGGUUUACAGCAAAUUCUCCUUAUAAUCAAACCAGAGUAGCCCAAAUGAAAUUUGUAUGUAUGUUUAAAGAUAUUGCACUUUAUAGUAUUUUAUGUUGCAUAAUUUUCUUAGUGUAAAGUAAAGCCAUUUAAAAAAAGGCAACUAAUUUUUGGAUUUCUGAAUAUGGGCAUUAAUUUUAAAUAAAGAAUCUAUUAUGCAUCUCUGUUACAUAAUGUUUAAUAUAAAAUAUUUUUAAGUCAGUCAUCAUAUGUUAUCAAAAUGCUGACACUUUCUUACAAAUACGCAACAAUCCUAUCUUCUGAUGAAAAAAGACAAAACAGGAAUCAAAUGUUAAUGUGGUAAUUAACAAAAUGACCUCAGAUAGGUAGAAUAACACAUAUACGUUGGGCCAUAUUCUACCCUCAGUUACACAAGCACAACUUUACUAAAGACAAUGAGAUAAGAGAAAGCAGAAUUUGCCCAUAUUCUUAAUAUUUACAGCAUGACUUUACAAAAUAAUGUGCAUUAUUUUGCAGCAAGGCAUUUAAUCCUGCAGCAAUCCUGCAGUCCUUGUACACCUAAAACUGGAUAUUUUGGGUUUGCAAAGAAUUAAGUCUCAGGACUAAUAUGGCAAUUAAUUCACAUCACUACUCUAAUAUAUUCCCCACAUGAAAACUCAGUAAAAUAAGCACCUUGUGUUUUAAGUUUACAGACACUAAGAUACUUCUGUCACAAUUCCUGCAGUAUCUUAAAUUCGCCAGGGUCAAACUAUCUGCUGAAAAGCAACAGCUUUGAAAUUAUUGUCAAAAAUAAGCAUUGCAGAUGUUACUUUUUUGCUUUCGUUAUCUGGUCUCAGUUCCUCAUAAUGGGCCUAUUCUUGCAAUCCUGAAUCCAAUAAGAACUACUUAUGUUAGUAAGGAUUUGCAAGAUCAGCUCCAUAUGUUGUCACUUGAAAAUUUUAGUAGUAUACUAUAAUGACAACUAGAUGUUAUUUUUGUAAUAAAGUAUUUUUUUUUUUAAUGCAGCAGUUUUCAAACUCUUCCUUCCUUUAUUUUUAACUUAAAGGAAAAGAAAUCCGGAGCCCUAGCCUUAUUUAUUUAUGUAAAAUAAUCUUUUGUCAUGGAAAACCAAUUUGUGUAGCCCCGAGAUAAUUACAAGCGUGUGUGUGUGUGUGUGUGUGUGUUGAUCAUUAUUCACUGAAUGAAACUGUACUAUAACUCUGCAUUGAUAUAUUCUCUGAAUACAAGUUUGUACAUAGUAUGAAAGCUAUAUUUAUUUACACAUAGGCUCUUGGAAAUAAUCCCUUGCUGUCAAAUGUACUUCUUCACUAUAACUACAGAACUUUUCACUGUGCUUGUGUACUCUUUCACACUAAUGUGUCAUCCUUGUACUACUGAUAAUCAGGUCCUCAUAUAAGUCACUUUAUGUAACUAAGUCUUCUGAGUGUGAAAUAUAAAAAAGACUUAAAUGGA